CACUUUCAGUUUUACUGCUAACUUCUGAGCAUGAGAAUGUGUUUUGUGCGAUCGCAUUGACGCUAGCAGACCGACCGUUCUUUUGCAAAACGAAAAGAAAGAAACAAAAUUAUUGUUGAUCACAACAAAAUAUUGUGUGCUUAUGUAUGUAUAUGAAUGUGCCAAAACAGAAAAAUACAAAUAUAAUAAUAACAAAAGCGUCCGCUAAUGAGUGAUGGUUAAAAACACGAAACAAAGAGUAACAACAACAACAAGGUGAAAUAAGAAAUAAUUUUGUUUCUAUUGUUAAUGGUGAUUUUUCAAAGUGUUUGUGAUAUUAAAAAUAUAAAAAUAAAAUAUUUUCAACGAAUUUGAGAAUUACCGUGACACUUCAACAGCGAACGUCUUAAAAGACCGACACUUUUGGCGACAACUCAGUACGCGUUCGAUCGGCGCUCGACGUGGACGUCAAUUACGGGAAGUGCUCCAUAAAACAAUUUAGUGGUCUCGCAGCAAUUUUAUUUGAGUUCAGCGAUCGAGAUGUUUCACAGCUGCUUCCGCUUAGCGCUUGUCGCGUGUUUCCUUAGCGUCACUUUGGCGCGCUUCCAUUCACGCAGCCAAUUGGCCGCAUCACAUCUGGCCGCCUAUGCGUUUAAGGCUAACGACAAUACACGCAACAAUAUUCGUCCAACACCCGAGGAGUACAACGCUGAUCGCAGCAAAUUCUUCCGCUAUGAGGAGUCCAUGGGUCUGGGUGCCGAGAUCGAGUUGAAUGAUCGCGAACUCCAAGCCAAUCAAAUCAUUAUGGCAGCCAAGGGGAAGGAAUAUGAGGAAGGACUUGUGACGCCACAUCUUUUCAAACCGUCCAAACAUUUCUUCAGCGUGUUGGAGGCCAUAGCAAAAACGCAGCUAUUCUCUUACAUGCAGGCAAUGCCGAAGGGAGGUGUACUGCAUUCACACGAUACAGCCAUGUGCAGCACGGACUUCUUGAUCAAGCUCACGUAUCGUGACAAUUUAUGGGUUUGCGAGUCUAGCGGCAGUUUGGAAGCGGUGUCGCUGCGUUUUGCCAGAACUAAGCCGGCAAUUGUAGUUGAGGGUGCGGAUUGCGCGUGGACGCCGUUGGCAACGAUGCGCAGUAGGCGUGGCGCUGCAGCGGUCGAUAACUAUUUACGUGAACGCUUCACUCUGUAUCCAAAGGAGACGUUCUUGGAUAACAAUGAAGCUUGGAAGACCUUUAUGGAAAUAUUUAGCCUACUGGAUGGUUUGCUUACUUAUGCUCCCGUCUGGGCUGAUUAUUAUUACAACGCUUUGAAGGAGUUUCGUGCCGAUGGUGUGCAAUAUUUGGAAUUCCGCAGCACACUGCCACAGCUCUAUGAUUUGGAUGACGGAGAAUAUACUGAACUCGACACAGUCCGGAUUUACACAGAAACUUUGGAGAAAUUUAUGAAGGAAUAUCCGGACUUCAUCGGCUCAAAGAUGAUAUAUGCGCCCAUUAGAAAUACAAGUCCCGAAACAGUUGAACAAUAUAUACGUAUCUGCAUCGAGAUCAAGGCUAAGUAUCCCGAUUUCGUAGCUGGUUUUGAUUUGGUUGGUCAAGAGGAACUCGGUCGUCCACUGAAAGACUUCAUACCGCAAUUACUUAGCGUGCCAGCCGAUAUUGAUUUCUACUUCCAUGCCGGUGAGACGAAUUGGAAUGGCGCAGCCGUUGAUGAAAAUCUAAUUGACGCUGUUUUGCUCGGUACCAAACGUAUUGGACACGGUUUCGCGCUCACCAAACAUCCGCAUGUCUUGCAGGCGCUGAAAGAGCGCAACAUUCCCGUGGAGAUUAAUCCCAUAUCCAAUCAAGUCUUACAGCUUGUCACCGACUAUCGCAACCACCCCUGCUCACAUUUGUUUUCGGACAAUUUCACAGUUGUGAUCUCUUCAGACGAUCCAUCAUUUUGGCGUGCAACACCACUCUCACACGAUUUCUAUAUUGCCUUCUUGGGUAUCGCUUCGGCGCAUGCCGAUAUGCGUUUACUAAAGAAAUUGGCGAUCAAUUCGCUCGUGUACAGCGCCUUAAAUGAGCAACAACAAGAGUUGGCGCUGCAAAAAUGGCAAUUGCAAUGGGACAAAUUCAUCGAGAAAAUCAUAGAGGGUGAUACAGAUGGCGCUGCUGGUCGCCUGCAGACGAAUCGGAUCGAUUGACUAGCACGGGUGGUGGCGGCGUUCAUAUUGUUACCCGGUGUGCUCAUGCGUUUGAUGCGUUGGCUGUGAGAGUACUCACAAAUGGGAUGGAAAUUCAAGAGAUUGGUAGAUGGAGGAAAGAAAAGCGCAUGUGUAGUGGUGACAAUAACGUCAGUCGGUUCAUAGACAUAUAUAUGUAUUUACUUUAUAUAUAUUUGUUUAAUUCAAAAAUAUUAAUUUUAAGACAAGAAGAGAUUCUAAAACAGUGUAUAGAUUUAGAUCUAUACUACUAUACAUACAAAGGUAUAUAUCUGAAAUCGAGGACUGCCGUCGAAGUUAGUUAAUUUCUUAAAUGUAUUUUCAUGGAACUCGAGGCCUCGAAGCUUGGUGAUUAAUCACUUGUUAAUUUUUAAUACAAAAAUGUAAGCGUUGAGUAUUAGGGCGACAUUCCUAUGAAAGUUUUUUUUUAUUUUUUCCUAUGAAAGUUUCUUUUAUUUAUAUACAAUACAUACAUUUAUGUAGCAGUAAGUUAGAGAGUAAGUAGCAGAUAGUCUAUAUUGUGUUAUGGUUAAAGCUUUCCAAUAAGAAACAGGGAGUUAACGUUUAGGCGUAAUUCUUUUUAAGUUGAUAUAGUAUGAACUUUAAACACUUUUAUUUUAUGUAAGUUUUAGUUUUGCUUUAAUUCGGUGGAUAAAAAGUAUAUGAUUGUAUCUUUAAAUGACAAAUGGCUUCCAAAGCCAAGCAAAGAUGACGACAAUCGCAUUAUGAUCGGAUUUGAACUAAUCGGAUUCUGAACUAAGUUGUAUCUGUUGUUAUAUAUUAUUAUAUUACUUAUUGAUAUUGCUUUGCUUUACACAUUUGUAAGUUGAAAUAUUUUAUUCUAGAAAAUCGAUUUUGAUAAGUAAUGACGAUAAGUUCUUUUUAGAGCAUUUUUUAGGGUAUAUGUAUAUUAAAAAUAAUUAAUAAAAAAUUUAAUGAAAUAAAGUUAUCAUGUAUAUAUGUAUGUAAUAUUAGCUAAUCAAAAAUGUAAUAAAAAUCGUCUAAAUUAAA